AUGUCCGACCAAUUCAGUCAGGGCCGAGCGCCAUCCACUCUGCGGGUAUCCUCGUCGCCCGAGAUGGCGACCGAUCAGAAUGACGGCCGAUUGACCGAGGCGAAGAUCUGCAAAGCCUGUGACCAAUGCAGGAGCCGGAAAGUCCGCUGCAUUAUGGAUCCCAAACAACGUUCGAGAUGCAUCCACUGCACUAAGCGGAGCGAGACCUGUCACUUCACCCAGACCAAACGUAAGCUAAGAACAAAACCACCGCAGACCGACUAUCAGGCAGAUGCGGCAACCGGCCGACCCUACGCACCGCUUGUGAAUCCCUGGACCGGAAGAACCCGUAUUCAGCGAACCCUCUCGCCUCUGCUUUUGGACCAAAUAUUGGAGGACCAAAGUCGUAGUGGGAUGCCAAGAGAUAAUUCCGCUUUGCUAAGGGCGCCUGAUCAUGACGUGACUAGUUCCAGUCUUGCCUUUUUUACGGAGCGCCGAAUCAACUCUCUGUCGCACCGGUUAGGCAAUGACCGACUCAGGGAGCUGGUGGAGGCUAUUGAAUCCGUCAUUCGGUCACGGCUUCUCGCCGAGGGUCCAUCCGCAAAUUCACUGGUCACUUUUGGAAAACCCUCUGAUACUGAGAACGUCCCGCUGGACAAGACUAGACUAUACGUGAACACAUACUUCCACCAACUCCAUCCAAUUUACCCUUUCCUCAAUCGAAAACAGUUCGAAGACAAGGUAUUUGGACCCAAUCUGUCUGAAGCUCUGGCUUCCAGCUGUGCGUUCUCCGCUUUAUAUCAUACAAUUCUGGCUCUGGGAUGCCAGUACCAUGAAGGCGGAGCAUUUGAUCCGGGGAAUGGCAAAGCCUGGAAGCUUUUCCAGGUAUCUUUAGGUCUUGUGUCGGAUAUAUUGAUUCCCAGGGAAGCCCUGAUGAAUCUUCAGGCCUUGGUUGCCAUGAAAGAAGCUAACCCGUUCGUGUGUACUUUUCAGUCCAUAUUCACUAUGACUACUUGCUGUCUUCAAAUCGACGAAGUCCUACUCAUGGAAGCAGCCCGAAUGGCCCAAGGCCUUGGAUACCACCGGGCAAUGAGCAACGGGGACCAACAGUACGAAGACACCUGUCACCGGACCUUCUGGGUGGUGUAUCAAAUGGAGAAGCAAAUGUGUUUUCAGCAUCACAAAGGGUCGAUGAUCCCAGACUACGACAUCGGAUGUCCUGUUCCCCAUGUCCCAGAAUCCGUCUUUGGUGGGCAUAACUGGUUUCUAUCAGCGAUCAGUUUCGGGAGAAUUCUUUCACUUGCAUAUACCUCUCUUUUCUCGGUGAGUGCUGCAAUUCAACCUCCAGAGUCGUACCGUGCCGCGAUCGAGGAUGUUGAAGCUCGGUUGGAACGCUGGCGGACGGCACUGCCCGAGCAGUAUCGUCCUGGUCUGUUGUCUCGGCCAAAUGAACUCCAUAACGCCCCCUAUUCUUCUUCCUAUUUUCUUGAGCCGAGUUUCAAGAUGGCCGUUCUCCAAACCAAGUUCUCGUACUAUGGUUUAAUUAUCUCCCUGGCAAGUCUCAAGAUUUAUGUAGGCCGACAAGAUCAGUCUCCAUCCCAGGAGAAGACUAAGCGACUGCUGAUGGAUACAGCAAGAGCCGUUGUGGAGGAAUUGAAGGAUAUUGACAUAGCCGCCUAUACUCCGAUUUUCAUUUUGGCCAUCUUACCUCUGGCAGCAUUGUUCAUCCUAUUUGACUUUGUCAUCCACAAUCCAAUGCAUCCAGAAACCCGCAAUAAUCUGUCCCUGUUGGAUGUAGCAGCUGGACAUUUCAGUCUACUGGAGUACAAGUCAGGCGGUUUUGUGCCCGCGUCGCUUCUGACCGAAUUCGCUCACAUCGCAAGACAGUAUGUCAGGGAUUAUCGCAGGAAGCAACAACAACAACAGGGGAAAGGAGGCGCAGAACCAUGUGAACUGGACUUGUCGAACACUGAAUCUACAUUGGUUGCGGAGGUUUCCGAGCAGUUGGCCCAAACAAAUAGCCCCAGCAACAACAGUGACAUCGGGUUGCAAGAUGCUAUUAUGGAGCCCUUGGGACUACGUGACUAUCUAUAUUAUCCUGUGACGGCGGAUACCACAACGCAUGGUAACUUGCCUGACGAUAUGGUGGCAUCCUCCUUCAAUAUUCAAAGCCUGUUUGGUUUUGUGGUUCCGGAAUUCGGUCAUGACCUGGAUGAUUCUCUUCCUAAAUCAAAUCAGCAGAAAUGCAAGCCCUUGAAUGUUCUCGUAGAUGAGAAGCUGUAG